GUUGCAACUUCCUUGUGCAUGAAAAGUGUUACAUAAAUAAAAGUUUUGAUUGAUUGAUUAAACAUGCUGAGGUGUUCUAUUGAAGAGUUGAAAACUAAUAUAUACAACUGGGAGUCACAGUAAUUAUAACUAAACAUUUUUAAGCUGUAAAGUCUGACUUUAACGCUUACAUUUUUUUUAUGUGCUUUUAGUUUGAAAGACGUACCUUGUACUUCCUGUUUAGCUAGCCGGAACUAGCGCCGCUAAGCUAGCCACCUUUCACUGCUCCACUCAAACAACGUUCCCCUCCAAAUAAGCCUUUUUAAAAAAAAUUGUGUCGGACAGACUCUUCGUCAAAGGUCGGACGCUGAGAUAAAAGUGGCGGUGAAUCUUCUGGUGUGCUCGACUCUUCGUCAAAGGUCGGACGCUGAGAAAAAAGUGGCGGUGACGCUUCUGGUGUGCUCGAGGAGUUUUUCUGCCUCAGUGUGUCCUCACACCCGGUGUCGGCUUGCUAAGUUCCGCGUGUAUGCUCGUUGGCUCCCCGCCAGUCGCCGGCCCAUAGAUGAAGAUGUCAUUGGUCCAGCGAGUCUUCCUCUCCUGGGUCUUCAGCCUCCUCUUCCUCAUCAUGCUGGUCCUCAAACUGGACUCCAAGAUCCACUGGAACUGGUUCCUCAUCUUCCUCCCCGUCUGGACCUUGGAUGCCGUCCUGCUGCUCAUGGUCCUGGUGCAGCUGGUGGGCCGCUGCAAGCCGGACUUGGAGCCCCGGGAGGGCGAGCAGAGCCUGGCCAAGAAGAUGUGGUACCUGGCCGCCCUGCUGCUCAAGCUGGCCUUCUGCGUCAGCCUGUGCUCCCGCCUGGAGAGGCUGACGGACGCCUGGCUCAGCGUGGUGUGCGUGCCCCUCUGGGUGCUGCUGGCCGGGGCCCUGCUGGAGCUGGGACACAACGUCUUCCACCAUAGGAGGGACUGAACACUUCACUGAUAAGAAACAGUGACUCCACACUCCCAUGGCUUUUAUAUCAUCUACCUUGCUAUUGUCGUCAUCUUCCCUGUGGGUGUGACACACCUUAAGCACUUUGCAUCAUUUAUGUCCGCCCCCACAUCAACACGCUGUUUCUCCGCUAUUACACGCCUAUUAAGGCCACACCGACAACAAGACAAUACUACAAGUCCUGAAGCUUCAUUCGUCAUUACCCAAAAAGUCAACAUAUUACAUCAGGGGUGUAAUAUUUCUGCGGGGGCCCUAUCUAUAUAUAUAUAUAUAUAUAUAGAUGGAUAGAUAGAUAGACACAGAUGUAUAGAUACAGUGUGUGUGUGUGUGCGUGUAUAUGUAUAUAUAUAUAUAUAUAUAUAUAUAUAUAUAGAG